AUGAAACUUACACCAGAGCUUAUUGAACGUUCACUCAGUUAUAUUAAUUCCGUAAAGGAUCGUGAACUAGAUUUACGGGAAAGCCAACUCUAUGAAACGUUGGAACAAAGUGCUAUACAAGGGUAUUCUUCAUGCAAUAAAAUUCCUGCCAUAGAAAAUCUUGGUGUCACCAAGGAUCUAAAUGAUACAAUAGAUCUAACGGAUAAUGAUAUUCGUGUCUUGGGAAAUUUUCCACUUUUACGUCGUGUUAGAAGCUUGUUACUAGCAAACAAUCGUAUUACCCGUAUUGAUCCACAAAUAGCCGAAUUCAUUCCAAAUUUAACUACUUUGGUUCUUACAAAUAACAACAUAACUGAAAUAUCGGAUCUAGAACCUCUGAGUGAGUGUAAAAGGUUACAAUAUAUGAGUUUGUUGGAUAACCCCGUAACACGGAAACAGUGGUAUAGGAGUUGGGUCAUUUGGAAAAUAUCGAGUGUGAGAGUGUUAGACUUUAAAAGAGUGCGAGAUGUGGAACGUAAAGAAGCCAAACAAUUAUUUGAAACAGCGAAAGGCGAACCCACUUCACUUGCUAGAUCUAUUUCAGAGACCAUAUCUAAAACUUUUGAACCUGGUGAAGGAAUGGCUGCAGCAGGAGGCGCGAAUUUACCAAAAUCUAACUUACCUACACUUGGAAUGUCAAUAGAGGAACAAGCAAAAAUUAGAGAAGCAAUUCGAAAUGCCAAAACCCUUGAGGAAGUUUCGCGUCUCGAGACAUUAUUGCAAUCUGGACAUAUUCCUGGCACAGGAAGACAACCUGGUGAUUUCGAACAAGACGAAGAAAUGGAAGAAUAA